AUGGUCGAUCCAAUAUUUGAUUACCAGUUUAGGCUUAUCCUAAUUGGUGAUAGUACAGUGGGCAAGAGUUCUCUUUUAAAAUAUUUCACAGAUGGGAAGUUCGCCGAGCUAUCAGAUCCUACAGUUGGCGUGGAUUUCUUUGCCAGAAUCAUAGAAGUACAAGAUGGAACUAGAAUUAAGCUGCAAUUGUGGGAUACGGCGGGCCAAGAGAGAUUUAGAUCUAUAACUAAAUCGUACUAUAGGAAUUCAGUGGGAGCGUUGCUAGUGUACGAUGUGUGCAAUAGAUCUAGUUUUGAACAUAUACCUCUUUGGAUGAUGGAAGCAAAAAGACAUAUAGAACCUCACCGGCCAGUGUUUGCGUUAGUUGGUUGUAAAAUAGACUUGGUUGGUACAGAUAAUAAAAGUGGUGCCAGAAGAGAGGUGUCGUGUGAAGAGGCGCGAAUGUUUGCUGAAGAAAAUGGUUUACAUCACGUGGAAACCUCAGCAAAAACAGGUCUGAACGUUGAAGAAGCUUUUGUUCUAGUCGCACAGGAAGUGUACAACCGCAUACAGACAGGUGAAUAUAAGGUGGAAAACGGAUGGGACGGCAUCAAGACCGGAUUCAACCGACCCAAUGGAAUGGACUUCAAUCUCCUCGAAGCUGAAACAGUGCAGUCUACAUGCUGUUGA